AUGGCAAAUUAUUCCCUUGAUAGCUUCAAUGAAGAAAGCGAGUUUUUUUUUCAAACCCUGGGGAGUUGUCGUCGUAGGAACUGUAGUCGUUGUGACAGUUGUAGGAGGAGGUGUUGGUGGAAGAACUUCAUUUGUCUUCCAAGCAACUGUUAGCGAUGUUCCCAAAAGUCCCUCACGGUGACUCGUAUAUGUGAAAAUAUCUUGAAGUUGUGAGGCAUUAGCAAAGCUUGCUGUCCAUUCAUCGAUUGGUUCACCACUCAUUUCAGUCAAAGUGACGUGAAGCCGGAAUCCCUGAUAGUAAAUGUUGUCUAG